GCACCAGUAAUGUUCAUGCAUUAGUAAUGUCCUGCUUGCCAGCUUGUUGACCCUCUGUGUUCCCCUCCUGCAGGGUUUAGGAGCCGUUGCUGGGGACGGAGAGAAGGGGACGUGAGCGGCCAUUGAGGGUGGCUAGGGUGCUGGUGAGCCUCCCCUCUUCCCAUCUGCUCGGUGUGCGCGCUGAGCUUCGAGGGGCUGGGCUUCAAUGGAGGAACACAUGACGGGGCUCAACAAGGAGAAGCGUUAUGAGUGCGACAUGUGUGGCAAGGCCUGGCAGAGCCCGAGCCAGCUGGAGAUCCACCGACGGAUGCACACGGGUGAACGUCCCUUUGACUGCUCCGACUGCGGUAAGAGCUUUACCCAGUUGUCGGGACUGCAGGGGCACCGGCGGGUGCACAAGGGAGAACGCCCCUUUGAAUGCUCCGACUGCGGCAAGAGCUUCAAGACGGCGCAGGAACUCAAGAUACACCGGCGAGUGCACACAGGCGAGAAGCCCUAUGGCUGCUCCACCUGCGGCAAGAGCUUUGCCGAUUCGUCGGGGCUGCAGGGACACCAGCGCGUGCACACGGGCGAGAAGCACUAUGGCUGCUCCAUCUGCGGCAAGAGCUUUACCAAGUCGUCGGGGCUGCAGGUGCACCGACGGGUGCACACGGGAGAACGCCCCUUUGACUGCUCCGACUGCGGGAAGACCUUUACCCAAUUGUCGGGGCUGCAGGUGCAUCGGCGGGUGCACACGGGAGAACGCCCAUAUGACUGCUCCGACUGUGGCAAGACCUUUAUCCAAUUGUCGGGGCUGCAGCUGCAUCGGCGGGUGCACACAGGAGAACGCCCCUUUGAAUGCUCCGACUGCGGCAAGAGCUUCAAGACGGCGCAGGAACUGAAGAUACACCGGCGGGUGCACACGGGCGAGAAGCCCUAUGGCUGCUCCACCUGCGGCAAGAGCUUUACCGAUUCGUCGGGGCUGCAGGGGCACCAGCGCGUGCACACGGGUGAGAAGCCCUAUGCCUGCUCCACCUGCAGCAAGAGCUUUACCAAGUCGUCGGGGCUGCAGGUGCACCGACGGGUGCAUACGGGAGAACGCCCCUUUGACUGCUCCGACUGCGGGAAGACCUUUACCCAAUUGUCGGGGCUGCAGGUGCAUCGGCGGGUGCACACCGGAGAACGCUCCUUUGAAUGCGCCGACUGCAGCAAGAGCUUCAAGACGGCGCAGGAACUGAAGUUACACCGGCUAUUGCACACGGGUGAGAAGCCCUAUGGCUGCUCCACCUGUGGCAAGAGCUUUGCCCAGUUGUCGGGGCUGCAGGUACACUGGCGGCUGCACACAGGAGAACGCCCCUUUGCAUGCUCCAACUGUAGCAAGAGCUUCAAGACGGCGCAGGAACUGAAGUUACACCAGCGAGUGCACACGGGUGAGAAGCCCUAUGGCUGCUCCAUCUGCAGCAAGAGCUUUGCCCGGUUGUCAGGGCUGUGGGAGCACCGGCGUGUGCACAGCAGUGAGCGGCCCUUCAUAUGCUCCGACUGCGGCAAAGGCUUCAAGUCGUGCAGGCACCUGAAGGUGCACAGGCGCCUGCACACCGGGGAGCGGCCCUACACCUGCAGUGAGUGCGGCAAAGGCUUCACCUGCUCCAGCAGCCUGCUGCCCCACCAGCAGGUGUGUCGAAGUAUGUCGAACUGAACGUGUAUAAUAACUCAAAACACAAGUCUCAGUAAAAGAGUCUUUACUAGAAGUCACCCGGGUGAUGAGAGAACACAGUCACUUGUAUCGACAAGGAGCCCACACAAGAGCCUGUCGCUGUUCCCUCUGAGCAAUACAAAAGAGUACAAUCAUAUUUAUACAGAUAAAACAGGUUGAAGCACAUGGUUAUGAACAAAGGAACUCAGUUAAAGAAGAGAUACAUAAUGUAGUUCCUUAGUCAGGUUAGGGAGUGUUAGGGGAGUAAAAGGCAGCUGCUAUAGUAAGAAGGCACCUAUUGCAUUGUUCAGCCCCCUACAGGACACUAGUAUCAAUAUAGAAUGUGAGAACGGCUCUUAUCUUGGUUCUUGGUUUCUUGGUCCUCCAAAAUAUUCCAAAUGGAAUUUAAACUGGAGAUGGACACAGACACAGUGAAAGUCGCUUUAUUCGCUUUACAGAAUUACUGCAGAAGUCAGUUUUAAAAUGAAACUAGCAUCCUUUACACAAAAUGGCAGUCACAGCUAAAAUAAGUAAAACAAGCUAAAUAAAAUGGCGGCUAUUGCUUUAACUCUUACAUUCCUCCCUUUUGAUUAAACUUAAUCAAUAUAUCAAAUGAUGCAGCUAGAAGCCAUAUAUUUGCAAAUACAUGGUGCACAGAAAUAAAGCAGUAAAGUGAUGAUUAUAAUUAUCAAAAUAGUAGUUCCAUAAUGCCACACAAGGCCCCAAGCAGACCCCCCAGUAAACCAACUCCACAUACCCUGGUUUUGAUUCUCACCCAGUUUCUCCCCCUCACCCGGGAUCCUUUCUAAUAUGGGCUGCCGGAUCAGUUAUGUUGGAGGAUUCGUUGGGAAUAUAGCUACAGCAAUCUUGCCCUUUGAUAGCACAGGUGCCCCCUUUCUCGGCCAGAAUAAAUUCUAAGGCCAUUUGAUUCUGUAGCACCACUAUCCUCAUGGCAACCAUUUCAGCUGUCAGUGACUCGAUCUGGGCCUGAGUUCCCAUAAGGGCAGCUGCUGUAUUAUUAGCCAAUUCCUCCAAUAGCCCAGUAAGAUGGCCAAUCCUUAGCGCAUUUCAAUUUAUCCCAUACCAGGGGAGCAAUUUCAUCCCAGCACUCUCACCUGGGGAGAGAUACCGUUUUGUAAACCGAGAUCUAGGUGCGAGGUUCUUAAAUGUAGGAUGGUCUGUUAUUAGUUUAAAAUGACACAUAGCAGGGACCACAUUAGUAAGGUAACAGCAUCCUGUCCAAUGAUGUGGGCCAUACCCCCGUCUUACCAUAUUUCCAUCGUUGGGUGGCAUACCUGGUAACCAUGGAUAGGCCCAUGAUCCACAUAUAAAAUAUGCGCUGUUAACAGGUCGGGGUGGGCCAGAGGUAGCACUAGCAUCCAUCGUGAUGCAUGAACUGUUUCCCAGGAAAACCCCUGUAC